CCGAUGCCAUACCCGUUACCUCAACCUCGAUCCACCGUACCUAUUCCCAUCCCAUCUCCAUUUGACUCUCAUUCAUCCAGACAGCCUAGCGGAUUGUCAAUCAGGAUGGCAAGGGAUUCUGACGUCGCGGCACGGGAGCCUGGGCUUUCCCGAUCAGUGUCCCCCGAGAAAGCUUCCAAGUCAUCUAGCCGCUCUGUGUCUCCCUCCUCUCGACCGGUUCAAAUCAGGCACAAGUCGUCUUCCGUCUACGAAUCCAAAUCGAAGGACCAAAUCGCUACCCGCCAGAUCCUCGGUCACGGUAACGAUGAUCAAAGCAAUAAUGAACGCUGGAAGGCCAAGUUAUAUGAUAUACUUGACAGUCCAGCGACGUCUUCCUCGUUGCACUCAAAUAUGUCCUCGCGCUCAGAUCAGUUCAUAGAGCCUCUACCAACUCACCUCAUCUCCCGCCCAUCAUCCUCUAAUUCACGUUCUCACACUCCUCCUAAACUCCCACUCGCCGCGCAGCAUUCUUCCUCUUCUCUUAGUGUACAUAUGGACGCCUCAACACAUAGACCUCCUAGUGUCUCGCAUGCCAGCAAGGCUGCUUGGCAGCUGGAAAACGAAAAGCGAGAGAGAGAACGCGAAAGGGAGCGGGAAAGAUUGCGCCAGGCGCCCUCCAACCCCAGCUCGCUCAAGGAUACCACCAUGGUUUAUAGUAGUACCGGAGAAUAUCGCCAGCGGCAUGGAAGCGGGAAGGGUAAUGUGGCAAAAGCGCAUGGCGUCUGACUUCAAUUUAUUCAUAUAUCAGCUUCGAACACUUGAUUUGGGCUGUCGCUACGCGAUGUUGGAUUCACUGUGUUGGGUUCACCUGGAGCCUAUCGUCCACUUGUCUAGUAUUUUGUUUAUCAUGCACUGUGAUUCGAGCGAGUAGUUUGUACAGCGUGUGUACUUAUAGUGCUGUGUUACGCCUCAGAUAUGUAUUGUGUUCUUUGCAAGGCACCAC